AUGAUAAAGUUGAUUUCCUCCGUUUCUCUUUCUUAUGCAUUAUUCUCCCUUUUAGCUUAUAGCCCGAUUUCUUCUCUUGCAGCUCCUCUAACCGAGCGUUCUGAUAUCAAACAGAAUGAAGAGUUUUCUGUUAUGAGCCUCCGCUCAGGUAACAUCAAUGUUCAUUUCCAUUCCUUUUAUGUUGGUGACAACAAUAACGUCUACCUCGAUCCUUAUGAUAAUGGAAAUGAAGCGGCCAAAUUCACUUUAGCAGAUACUUAUUUACUCCAUGAAGGAUUUUCUGCUCACCUUGGCGAUAAUGGUGCGUUAUACUUUCAACGUAAUGAUGAGGGUUCCAUUCUUGGAUUUGAUUUUGGAGAACGCAUUGCUUCUGGCUAUGCUCUAGAACUUAAUGGACAAAGCCCCGUAGCUUGUCCAAUCGAAGAAAAUUCUUCUGUUUACUCUGUCUUUUUUGGUAAAGGAAAUGGUAAUAACAAGUGUGUUGGCUUUACAGCCCUUGCACUUCCAAAUAAUACUUCUUCUUCUUCUAAACAAACCUCCGACGCUAAAAUAGAGGAUAUUGCUAUUAUCGGAAGCCAAAAAGUAAAGAAAGCUAAAGACCAAGAUGUAAAAGAAGCCGAUAAUGGACCUUCCAUUUUCCCUAAUGCCGUUCGUUUCGUCAACUCUUCUUCUCCAAACACUAAUUAUGGCAAACAAUUUUCUCCUAUUGUUUAUCAAAAUCAAGAUACUCAUGUCAACGCUCUUUUCAAUUUCGAAAUUCCUCAAAUUGACGAAAAGCACUGCCAACUUCACUUUCAUCUUGAUAAGAAUAGUAACCCUAUUAAAGUUGAUGGCCCCAACGGCAUCGGAGAAUUCAAGCUCUACAACUUUACUUCUGUCGCCAAUAUUCUCACUACUUGGGCCAAUCGCCCUGGCCGCGAAGCUGAAAUCGGUCAUUUUAACUGCUCUUCCGAUGGUUGUGAUUACACCACGAACAUCACGUGCCCUUACACUUACACAAGUGUCACUUAUGAGUUGUCCGGCGUUACUGAUGAGUCCUACAUGAAAUACUAUCAAGAGACUAACCCUAUUGAAGGUCUCUACUUGACUGUUUAA